UUGCUGAAAUGCUGUAAGCAGACAAGGUGAAUUUCUCGUUUUGUUAGUCCAGGAUCCAGAUGCUACUGGCAGAGGUGUUCAGAGCAGGAGCCUGCAUCGCUAGGGUUUCUCGACACGCAUCCCAAAUUCAGGCUGUGAGAUUUUUCAGCGUUACUUCUGCACCCGUUUCUCGGCUUGCAAAACGCCAGUCUCUGGCCAUCAGUAGCCUAAGAAGAUCUUACAGCUUAAAUCAACCUCGGCUUAUAGCCAUGGCAGCCGCUCUUGCCAAUGGCGAUUCAACGAACGGCCUUCAGAGGAACUACCAGGUUGUCGUUGCUGCUACCCGUGACAUGGGCAUUGGGAAGGAUGGAGUCUUGCCGUGGAGGCUUCCUUGCGACCUUAAGUUCUUCAAGGAGCUUACGCUGACUACGGCUGACCCUGCAAAGAAGAACGCGGUCAUAAUGGGACGGAAAACCUGGGAGAGCAUACCCCUUAAAGCAAGGCCUUUACCUGGCCGUCUGAAUGUCAUAUUGACUCGGUCUGGUAGUUUUGAUUUUGCAACUGCCGAGAAUGUUGUUAUCUGUGGAAGCAUGAACUCUGCCUUGGAACUUCUAGCGUCCACUCCCUAUUGCUUGUCGAUUGAGAAGGUUUUCUUGAUAGGGGGUGGGCAGAUACUGAGGGAUUCGCUUAAUGGACCUGCAUGUGAGGCUAUCCAUCUAACUGACAUUCAGUCAAACAUUGAGUGCGACACCUUCAUUCCUCCAGUUGACUUCUCGGUGUUCCAGCCAUGGUGUUCAUCUUUUCCAGUGGUUGAGAGCAACAUCAGGCAUUCUUUUGUGACCUAUGUUCGUGUGAGAAAAUCAGUUUUGGAAUCUCAUGACUCGAUUGGCAAGGAAUCAACUGAGAAUGAUAUCAAGAGUAGCAAGUUUGAAAUCGAGAACUUCUCUUUUCUCCCUAAGAUGAUAUUCGAGCGCCAUGAAGAGUAUUACUACCUCAACCUUGUCGAGGAUAUUAUAAGGCGUGGUGCUCAGAAAGGUGACAGGACUGGAACAGGGACGUUGUCUAAAUUUGGUUGUCAGAUGCGCUUUAACCUAAGGAAGAGCUUCCCCUUGCUGACAACGAAGAGGGUGUUUUGGCGUGGUGUUCUUGAAGAACUACUGUGGUUCAUCAGUGGCUCGACAAAUGCAAAGGUUCUGCAGGAAAAGGGUAUUCAUAUAUGGGAUGGCAAUGCGUCAAGAGAAUAUCUUGACAGUGUCGGCUUAGCAAAUAGGGAGGAAGGUGAUUUAGGCCCUGUUUAUGGAUUUCAAUGGCGACACUUUGGUGCUGAAUACACAGACAUGCAUGCUGACUAUACUGGAAAAGGUUUUGAUCAGCUAAUGGAUGUGAUUGACAAGAUCAAGAAUAAUCCUGACGACCGGCGAAUCAUCAUGUCUGCAUGGAAUCCUUCAGAUCUAAAAAAGAUGGCCCUUCCUCCCUGCCACAUGUUUGCACAAUUUUAUGUUGAGAAUGGGGAGCUAUCGUGCCAGAUGUAUCAGCGUUCUGCAGAUAUGGGACUUGGUGUUCCAUUCAACAUUGCAUCAUAUUCUCUUCUGACGUGCAUGAUUGCCCAAGUCUGUGGUCUCUCCCCUGGAGAUUUCAUCCACGUCAUAGGGGACGCCCACGUGUACAGAACUCACGUCCGAGCUCUAGAGGAGCAGAUCCAGAAGCUUCCCAAACCGUUCCCAAUUCUGAAGAUAAACUCUUCGAAAAAGGACAUCGAUGCUUUCGAGGCUUCGGACUUCAAGCUGGAUGGCUACAACCCGCACAAGAAGAUAGAGAUGGAAAUGGCAAUAUAGUGGUGCCAUUUCUGUAUCAUCAGAAUGUUCAUCCUGGGGUGCAAAUUGCACUUGUGUUGGAUCGUGGACUCUAGAAAAACUGUCUCCCAUUUUUUAUUUGGAGCACAGUGGUGACUCGAGUGUGUGAGUUGUUUGAGUGCUGGAAGGGCCGACUGGCUUGUGCCUCGUGACGAAAGACCAUAUUGGACUCGGAACUUGUAAGAGAUUCUUCUGUCUGCUAAUGAACUGAAGUGGCUGUCGAUGUGCCCGUGGUGCUGUAGUGUUUGAACUACAUAUAUCCUCACUUUAAACUUUA